AUGGAGUCUCCACUUAAUCCAGCUAUUCCUAGAUUCUUCUUUAAUGCAUUCCUGGGAGGUCUAUCAAUUGCCUCUAUUUAUUCAGUCUACCAUCAGAUGAAGGACAUGCAAUCCUGCAUGCACGAUAUCUUUAAGAGACUGGACAUCGCAAAGAAGGAGGAGGAAAAAGUGACCAUCCUGCAUGAAAUCCUAAGCCGCUUGCAGUCCGACGCCAUUAAGAAGGAGUUUUCUUCCCGUCUUUCAUCAUCCAAGCACGGCAGUUCACUUGUGAGGUUGGUGAAGCUCGCCAAAGAUGAGUCCAACACGGAGUCAGUGAGUAUUUCACUCAAGGUGAUGGUACGUGUAUUCGGCUCCGACGCGGACGGUCGUGCGGUAUUAAAUAGGCUUGACGCCUACAAAGUACUGCUCACCUCCCUCAGUGAGGCUCAUCGCCAGGGAAAUCAGGAUCUCAUGGAGGAGAUCGCGGACACCCUGAAGAACCUCACGCAGGUGGACGACGCGAUGGUGGUACUCGAUACGGACGUCCCUAAGGGCUCUGAAGGGGCAUACACCCUGGCUAAGAUGCCAGCCACCGUGAAGAUGCUCCGAAUUAUCGAUCCGGAUAGCCCCAUUCUCUUUCUCAGCGCCCUCACUGGUAUUUUCGCAAACGUCUGCACCCUCAGCCUUGGUGCGAUUAAUAUGGGGAAGGGAACCGAUGGCUACAGCGGUAUUUCUUUCUUCUUCCGCCUGCUUGAUCACAAAAAUCAUAGUAUCAUCGACAACUGCAUCAGGGUCAUUUGCUAUAUGGCACGUGCAAAAGUGGGGCUACUGGAAAUUUCGACAAAGGAAAACAUUGAGCGCCUUGCGACUAAUUUUCAUCUAAACAUGGAAUCUGCGAUCAGCAACCAUAUUCUUACCAUUAUUCUCACCAUGGCUGGUACUGAAGAGAGCAGAGAGUUGUUCUUGACGCAUUUCAUCUCUAGUUCUAUUCCACAGCGGCUUUUUGAGAUUUGGACGCGGUCGCCCGAAAAGUCUUUGCGAAGUCGAUCUGAGGUUUUGUGCCGUUUGCUUACUCGUAUUCCGCAGAGUGCGUCUAAAAUGUCGUCGUUGUUUGACCGUUAUCGUGUUGAGAUUGCGGAUCGGCGCCAUAAAGACGAACAAGAGUUCCAACAGCAGAUGCAGCAAAUGCAGCAAAGUCAGUUUAUGCAGCGAAUGAUGAUGGAGCAGAUGGGCAUGGAUCCCCUUUCAAUGGGUUAA